AUGAGUCUUCUACGCACCAGCUUCCUCCGCAAUGCUCCUCGCACUUUCGCUCGCAGCCCGGCAUUGAGCGUCAGCGGCAGACGCUUUGCUUCGCAAGGUUAUGGCAAUGGCUCUGGCGACCCAAAGGGUGACAGGCCCCAGGAGCAAGGUGCAAACCCUUCCGCCGACAAGGAGCACCCCGGCCCGCCGCCUCCUAAGGCCGGUGAGGGUAGCGGCGCUGCUACCAAGGGCACCAGCAGCGGUCAGAACACCGGCGCAGCCAAGCAGCAAAAGAAGAGCUUCUCCACCUACGCCAGACGAAUGGCUUCGCAAGGCUAUGGCGAUGGCAAGGGCGAUCCCAGGGGCGAGAAGCCUCAAGAACAAGGUGCCAACCCCUCAGCCGACAAGGAGCACCCCGGCCCGCCUCCUCCCAAGGCUGGUGAAGGCAGUGGUGCUGCCACAAAGGCAGACAGCAAGGGUCACAACACCGGUGCCGCUAAGCAGCAGAAGAAGAGCUUCUCUACCUACGCCAGAAGAAUGAGCGAGGAACACCCAAAAUCGACGAAGGGUUUGGAACCCAAGCUCAACAAGGGCACCCCCAAGCCCGAUGAGAAAGACCUUCCUGAGGAUGUAAAGCAGCAUAACAAGGAGAUGGAGGAGAGACACGACCAGGCUGCCGUGAAGCUCGGAGAAGACAGGAGCAAGAAGGGUGACAAGGUCGGCAAGGAGUUCUGGUCUGGCCACGGUGGUGCCGACAAGGAGCCUUGA